AUGAAUCCACAAGAAAGCAGCCCGAAAAAGCGGUUUUUUUUUGAGGAUCUGGAGGAGGAUUUGUCAGGAAAAGCAUUAAGGAACGAAGAAUCAUUACUGUUCGGUGGGCACCGGCCAGCACCCGAAAAUCCAGUGUCAGAGAAGGACGAAGUUUCGGAAAUUAGAGAUGUCAUACCAGAUUUGAGUCAUAGUCAAGCAGAAAUGCUGUUACUCAAAUGCGAAUCCUGCGCUGAUCGAAGUGAAAGGAUAUCUAAUGCAGUAAGCAUUUACUUUGAAAAUCAGUCACAGAAAGAGCGAUCAGUACCGGAGGCCAACAUGCCACUGAUAACUUCGCCAAAGGUUAAUUCCAAUUUUGGAGUCACGAAAAAGAAAGAUUAUGGUACAAGGCUAACCAAGAAGCCAAAGCCUUCCGUGCAGUGGCGACGUUUCAUUGGCUCCAUUCAAGUUAGUGCGCUUGCGACUCGACCCACUGUUCAACCUUUAAAAUAUGGCUGUGAGUUGCAAAUUGUAUGUGCACACUCGGAAGAAAGUGCCUCGCGUCUAUUCAAUGGCAACGGCAGAAAAAGAACAUCUAUGGCAAACUUUGUUAGACUCGUGGACGCUGAAAGAAACCGUGAAGUUGGCAGAGUACCAGAAAAUGUUGCACGAAUCGUGUUACCUUUAAUUGACUUCGAUGACGUUGAAUUUGAGGCCACAAUGAUAUUUUGCGAUAACAAACGGCUGAGUGUUGGUGACUCUUUCGUUGUGCAGUUGGAUAUUUUUUUAACGUCAGUGUUAUUUGAGAAGAAGCCAAAGUCCUAUAAUUAUGAUAGUCGAGAAAAGAUUUCUUAUUCACAGUCUAACGUCGAAAGCGAAGACGAGGCUAGGUCGCGAGCUCGAAGAAUUGCUCUUUUAGGCUUGUUUGAUGAGGUAAACAUGGUAAGUAUAGAUGACAGUACUUCAGAAGACAACGAGGUCUUUGAAGAUCAAACACAAGUAAUAGAUUUGGGAAAUUAUGAUGAUGACAAUGAUAAUGAGACAAGCUCAAUCACACCUGAGCCAAAACAGGAAGAUCAAUUAACGGAAAGUGAUACUCUUAACCUUAAUCAACUAAAGUCGAUUUACCGCGCUACGUUGUCAACCGACUCGACGCGCUUUCUACCUGAAACGACCCCAUCGGAAGAUGAUUUUGCAUUGACGCUAAGAAAAUAUCAAAAACAGGGCUUAACCUGGAUGCUGCGAAAGGAGCGGGAGUUUGACCUAGCUGCAGCCGGCGACUCUUCGAAUCAAUUUGAUGAAGCUAAAAUGAAUCCUUUGUGGAAAAAGUUCAAAUGGCCCAAAGAUCUUGCUUGGGGUGCCCAAAGGCUUCUCAACAAUUUGCAAGAACAACAAAAUGCCUGUAAUGGAGCAUUUUUCUACGCAAAUUUGCAUACUGGCGAAUUUUCGAAGGAAAAACCCAUUCUAAAGAGUGUAAAAAGAGGAGGAAUACUUGCAGACGAGAUGGGCCUGGGCAAAACUAUUUCAGUUCUUUCUUUAAUUUUAACUGUACCCUCAGACAGAGAAUUUAUUAAUCAAAGUCAGAACUUUGUCGCUGAAGCAAGAAAUAGUGAUUCUUCCAUCAUUACAAGCUCUUUACAAUCAUCUACAGAGAUGUCGAAAGAAGAUUAUGCAUUUGCCACCACUCUUAUUGUGGUACCUAUGUCUUUGUUAUCACAAUGGCAGCAAGAAUUUGAAAAGGCCAAUCGAAAUUCUAACAUCAAAUGCGAAGUUUACUAUGGCAAUAGUAUCACUAAUUUGAAAACUCUACUCACUAAGACAACUCAGCCUCCCUCUAUACUUCUGACCACUUAUGGUACAGUCCAACAUGAAUGGAGUAAGGAAUUAGGGAGGUCUCGUGGUACUCGGGAGCUUACCAGAACGAACGGGUUAUUUUCCGUUGAGUUUUUUAGAAUAGUGAUAGAUGAAGGCCAUACCAUCAGAAAUAGAUCAACUCGAACUUCAAAGGCAGUAAUGGAUUUAGCUGCCUGCAGAAGAUGGAUCUUAACCGGCACACCAAUUAUUAACAAACUGGAUGAUCUGUACAGUGCCGUCAAGUUCCUGCGCUUGGAGCCCUGGUCUCAAGCAGGUUACUGGAAAUCGUUAGUUUCAGAUCCAUUUGAAGUGAAGCAGUACAAACAGGCCUUCGAUAUGGUCUCGACCAUCCUUGAUCCAGUCAUUUUGAGACGGACAAAGCUGAUGAGAGAUGCGGACGGGAAAAAAUUAGUGGAACUACCGAACAAAGAAGUGCUUAUAGAAAAGGUCAAAUUCAAUCGGAAUGAGGACGAAGUUUACAAGUUUUUUUUGAACAGAGCAGAGAGUUCAGUCAUGGAAGGUCUGGCGCGCGGCGACCUUUUGAGAAAGUACUCCACCAUUUUGGUUCACAUUCUGAGACUCCGCCAAGUUUGCUGCCAUUUAGACUUACUUGGAUCUAAAGAUGAAAACGACGCAGACCUCAAUGGAAAGCAGUUGUGUCAACCUUUUGAUUUGAAAAACGUCCUAAGCAGAAACUUCAAAGAGAGUACUCGGAACUUUGAUGAACGGAGCUUCCAAAACGCCGUCGUUCACAUACGGCAUAAAUAUUCUGAUGAUUCAGAAUUGAAGAGUUUAGAGUGUUCAGUCUGUACUGCAGAUCCGAUAGAGCCCAUAAACCAGAUUGUGUUUACGGAGUGCGGCCACGCAUUUUGCCAAAAUUGCAUUAUGGAUUUCAUUAAUUUUCAAACAAGCCGGAAACAAGAUCUCAAAUGUCCCAAUUGUCGAACUUUUAUCAACCCCCACCACUUACUUUCCGUGGCCGAGUCUGGCUCAAAACUUGACUUGAAGCGCUUCGACGACAGUUCAUAUUCUUCUAAGGUUCAGGCUCUAAUGAAAAAUCUCAGCAGGUUGCAAGAAGCUUCCUCUGGUGAGCAAGUUGUUGUCUUUUCCCAGUUUUCCUCGUACCUUGACAUUCUUGAAAGAGAACUAGGUUCGAAUUUUGGAGAUAAAGAAGCCAAGAUAUACAAAUUGGAUGGCCGUUUGUCUCUCAAAGAAAGAACAACCGUACUAAAGAAUUUUGCCAACAAAGACCCGGCGAGGCUAAAGAUUUUACUGCUGUCUCUCAAAGCGGGAGGUGUGGGACUCAAUCUUACUUGUGCAUCAAGGGCGUAUAUGAUGGAUCCCUGGUGGUCUCCCAGCUUGGAAGAUCAAGCCAUCGACAGAGUCCACAGGAUAGGUCAACAAAACGAUGUCAAAGUAAUAAGGUUUAUUAUGGAAAAUAGCAUUGAAGAGAAGAUGCUGAGAAUUCAGGAAAGAAAGAGGACUUUGGGUGAGGCAGUCGAUGCCGAUGAAGACGAGAGAAAACGUCGGAGAGUAGAUGAAAUUCGCAUGCUGUUUGAAUAA